AUGAGAGGGCCGUUGGGGCCUGUGAUAGGUAAGUAUCCAUCAUCAAGUGAUGUGAAUGGAGUAAAUGGGAAUGGGAAUAAUGGCGAUAUCAUAAAGCACAACAGGACGUGCAGAGAUUUAGCGUUUCUUGUGAUAUUCAUUGCGUUUUGGGUGGCAAUGAUUGUUAACUCAAGCUUUGCUUUCAACCAAGGAAACACAUUGAGGUUAAACUAUGGGCUGGACUAUGAAGGUAAUAUAUGUGGCGAUAGACAUGCUGACCGUGAUCUCCGUGAAUUGGAGUUAAGAUAUUGGCUGAACCCUAAUCAAGUUUACCAAACUGGUGUAAAGGGCAGCAAUUUUGAGCUCUCAAAUGCUCGGAGCAUAUGUUUGCUUGAUUGUCCGAUUCCUUCAGAGGACUCGCUUAAUUGGGUAUGUGAUUAUCCAGAGGGAGAUGUUCGUGUGUCGAUGGAUGAUUGGAUAGAUAGAAAUUAUGAUUAUUUUGCAGACCUCACUCCUCAGCUUAGGAACAGCUCCCUUCAGCUUCAGGGUCCUUGUUAUCCAGUUAUAUUUCCUAGUGUCAAUGUUUAUUGGACUUGCCAAUUCAUUGCACGUGCCUCGAAUGUAUCUUUGACACUCUGGGAGCAAAUGGGUGGAGUGAAAGUCAUUGAAGACAUUGCAAUUGAUAAAUCCAUCCACAAAUCGAUUAAUUCCCGAUCAUCGGUACUGAAGAGAUAUGUGGCUGAUGUUGGGAAAGCAUGGCCUGUGCUGCUCGUUUGCGGGGGAUUUUUGCCGCUGUUUCUAUCAAUUAUAUGGCUUUUGAUGAUUCGUCAUUUUGUGGUGGGAAUGCCGUGGAUUACUGUUGUUGUUUUCAAUAUUCUCAUGGUAUCUGUGACAAUGUUUUAUUAUUUGAAAGCUGGAUGGAUUGGAAAUGAUGCAAUUUCCCCAAUCAUUGGCGAACACGACCCGUAUUAUCAUGUAUCUGCAAGGGAGAUAAAUCACCUUCAUGCAGCUGCCGUUUUCAUGACAGCUCUGAUGAUUGUUGCGUUUUUAUCCUCUAUUGCUAUAGUCCGCCGUAUUCUCAUGGCAACAUCAGUCCUGAAGGUUGCUGCAAAAGUGAUUGGAGAAUUACAGGCCCUGAUAAUCUUCCCAAUCAUACCGUACGCCAUACUAGCUAUUUUUUACAUGUUCUGGCUAUCGGCUGCUCUUCAUCUUUUUAGCUCAGGAAGUGUUGUACAAAAUGACUGUAGUGCUAAUUGCUGUGCAUUUGAUCUCAAAACAAUGAAGCUGAGCUGUAAUAGCUGCUGUGGCUAUACAGUCCACUACACGUCCCAUAUAGCUGCUGCUAUUUUUUUCCAUCUGUUUGGAGGUUAUUGGGCCACUCAGUUCAUCAUUGCAUGCUCGUCUACUGUUAUAGCUGGAUCAGUUGCUUCAUACUAUUGGGCUCGUGGGGAAAUCUCGGCGGAAAUCCCGUUUCUUCCAGUUUUUUCUUCAAUGAAGCGGCUCGUACGAUAUGGUCUAGGAUCUAUGGCUAUCGGCUCUCUUAUUGUGUCCUUUUUAGAAUCAAUAAGAUUCAUACUCGAGGCCCUUCGUCGCAAACUUAAAAGCAUUAAUCAUCCUAUGUCCGAAAGCUGGUUUCGAAAGGUGACUUACCAAACUUCACAAGGUUGCUUGAGGUUUAUCAGUUGCAUCAUCAAAUCUGUGAACCGUAAUGCUUAUAUCAUGAUUGCAAUAACCGGAAAAGGUUUCUUUAAAGCCUCUGAAAUUGCAACAGAGCUGAUUAUGAGUAACAUCCUUCGAAUCGGAAAAGUGAAUGUGUUAGGGGAUGUCAUUCUUUUUAUCGGAAAGCUUUGUGUUAGUCUUACAAGCGCGCUCUUUGCGUUCUUGAUGUUGAACACUCACAAGUACAAUUCGGCACAUAACAAGAUCUCUUCACCUCUAUUCCCUGUCCUGGUGUGCUGGGGAUUUGGGUACAUUGUGGCUACUCUCUUCUUUGGGGUGGUUGAGAUGUCAAUCGACACCAUAAUUCUCUCGUUUUGCCAAGACUCGGACGAGCAUCAAGGCACUGCCCAAUAUGCUCCUCCGCUGCUUAUCGAGACUCUCAACGACCAAAACGAGAUGCAAAGGCUGACCCAAUGAGCCAUUUUUAGACAAAAAAGCAAAAGUGUAUUCUUUCUAGUUAUAACUCGAUUUUUCGGGCUUAUAUGAUCAUUAGUUUGUAUAUAUAUGGGUUGAAUUUGAAAGAUAAUCUUGGUUUAAAGGAAUCCAGCACAAUGAUGUGUUGUGAAUUUUUGUGAUGGUGUCUUGAAUUUCAGUUGUGUAUGAGAAAUGAGAAUUUGGAGGAAAGAUUUU